AGCAACUAAAGAGGAAUGCUCUAGCUCCCAAAUUUGAGAAAUUGCAUUCUUCCUUUACAACUGACUUGUAUUACCAUGAGCGUUGCCUGAUAAAACUGGCACUUGAAAAGUUGAACAGAAGAGAACUGUUGCUCGACUAACUCAAAAGUAAAUUGCUAAGGGAGGAAUUUGUGACAUCGCGCUCCAGUCCAAAGACCCACUUAUCUCAAGAAAAAGAAAAUGGAUUGUAUCUGCGCCAAAAGAAUUAUGACCGACUAACAGGACAAUUCUCAGCAGUUAAUGUAGAAGUUUAAGCUCAAUUCUUUCCUUCGAAUUCGUAUCUGUUGCUCCAAUAACGUAUCUUCUGCUCUUGUAAAAAGCAACUUGUUUUCAAAAUAGCUUGGCUCGGCGUUACAAAAUAUAGCAGGGGAUCAUCACACCACGGGGGGUACUCGAUAUAUCCCUGGGUUGGGAGGUGCGCUCGGCCCCUCAUACCCUGACCCUGUUUAAGACAAAUAUCGCUGAUUUUCCUACCCUGCUUAAGACAUUUAUCCUGUUUAAGACAAAAAUUGAUAAAUCGAUACCCUGAUUAAGACAAAAAAUGAUAAAUUCGAUACCCUGUUUAAGACAAAAAUCCCGAAAAACAUACCCUGGCUGGCCGCACGUCCCCAUUAAGCCCUUAUAAGGGAGUACCCCCCCCCCCCAGGCAUCACACUAGCUGAGAGACAAAACAACCUCAAGGACUACAAGUAUUCAUUGAGAUAAACGCAUUUCGGAAAAAAAACCUUGAAAAACUAUAGAAAUUUAAUUAAUAUUGAGUCAUUUAGCCAAAAUAAGAACCUUAACGCUUUAAAAAAAAAUGGCUAAAGAUAACGAAUCCUGUCACAACUACAGACUGCGGGGAGUAAUUAAUCAUUAUGCAUGGAACAGACCAGCGUCAUGGUCUCUUAAUGUGAGAGAAGCAGCCAAAAUUAAGAUUAAUAUAGUCAAAGUUUAAAACUCUCCACAGUAUAAUCUACCCGCUAGAAAGCAAAGAAAGAAAAUCUUUGAGGGAUUAGGCUAAAGUCACGUCUCACUAGCUUAUGAUUGUGUUUGGCCUGUCAACACCGAAUUUCCGUCUGUUUGAUGAAGUACAAUAAAUUAUUAUAGUCUGUCAUUUCGUCGUUGUGAUUGGCUCUUCCCACCGUCGGCGCGCAUAGUCUCCUCCAGGAACCGUUCUAAUUAUAAAUCUACUCGGGAAUGGGUUGACUCCAAGGGCUUGUAUGGGAGAUGGACGCUCCAUUUGAUGGGUUAUCAUUAUCAUUAUUAUGCCCUUGCAGGAUACUACAUGUAUAUAGAGGCGUCACCUGUGCGACAAGGUGAAAACGCAAAACUUCAAGUUUCAGUUUCUGGAGAUGGCGCAGCAGCUUGUCUGGUUUUCUUUUAUCACAUGUAUGGUGAUGCCAUAGGGACUCUUAAUGUUUACAGCGGAACUGAGUUGGUUUUCAUUGUAUCUGGGAACCAGGGAAACUAUUGGAUACGAGCAAGGAAAACAAUUCAUUUGCGACACAAUGUAAGUUUCUGAAGUUUAACAAAGUUUAGUUCUCAAGAAAAAGCGACUGUUGGAUAAAAAGUCUUAUUUAAAUUUCAGACGGCUAAAAUCUGUACAUAUACACAUACAUAUCUUCAGAGAUCGGUUGAAAAGUCUAAGUGCAUAAAAGGAUCUAUCAUAAAUGAACUUGCCAAUCACUCUUCCUUUCAUUUAUUCAUUUUACUUUUUUUGAAAGAUCCUCUUCGGUUUCUUCGCACAAAAAUUGAAAUUAUAUGAGAAAGAUGAUUUUUCAGUCGGUGACACAGGCGGCUUGGAGAAAAUAUUCGAGUACUCCUAAUAGGAGUCGAACCAUGCAAUGACCUUGUGGUUACCCGACCAGAUGCUUUACCGUUUAUCUACAAGACAGUCCUGGGAGCUAUCCUGCAUAAUGCUAGGACUAAAAGUCGAUAUGUGCUUAUGCGCCGGAUGUGAUCUAAAUUCUCCAUUCGCCAUGUGAAUGUUACCUUUUUUCUCUCGAUUACCUCUCUUUCAUAAUCACGGCCUUUUUACUUUAAAUUCGGUUUCCACUUGCAGCAAACCAACUCCAUUGCCUUUUUGAGAGCUUGAAUAAUUCCCAAUACUUUUUAAUCUAUUUGUAGGUAUCCUUUGAAGGUAUUGUGGGGUCGUCUCAUACGGGAGACAUCGCUAUCGAUGACGUGACAAUUUUCAGUGGAAGCUGUGAUAGUUCUACUGUAUUGCUGACGAAUCAAAGCAUUGGAGGUACUUUAAUGCCCUUGUUUAUUAGAAUUAUAUAA